AUGGCAAAUCAGGGCUAUGAUGUGGUCGUAGAUGUUGAUGCAGAGGGCGACCUCGGGCAUACUGACCUUCAAGAGGACCUCGAAUUCCACCCUUCUAACUUUGAAAGCGACCAGCGAAAUGCCAAAGCACACGCAGAUUCCACCCCCUUUCUCGGCGGAGGAAGCUCCUCGCACCGCAACAGGUCCCCGGGAGGCACCCAAGCCAAACACGCCUGGUGGUCCAUCCACUAUUACCAACAGUACUUCGACGUCGAUACCAAUGAGGUUCUCCGUCGCUGCGUAGCCACAGUAUAUCCACGCAGCAACUUCCUUGACAUCCUCGAGGGCAACCCCGAUCUCUACGGCCCUUUUUGGAUAGCUACCACCGUUGUCAUGAUCCUUUUCCUCACUGGGACCAUCUCCCAAUGGCUAUCCAAUAACGACAAGGGACACUUCGAAUAUGAUUUCACUCUACUGUCUGGUGCUGCAGGCCUCGUGUACGGCUACACCGGGGUUCUGCCCAUUGCAUUGUGGGGAGCGUUGCGAUGGUUCGGAAGCUCGACCGCAGAUCUGGUUGAGUGCUGGGCGCUGUACGGGUACUCGAAUUUGAUCUGGAUUGCUGUUGCGCUUGUGAGUUGGAGCCCCCUCACAGCUCUUAACUGGGCUCUUGUGGGUGUUGGCUUUGGCUGGACGGUGUUUUUCCUCCUGCGCAAUUUGUAUCCUGUUCUGAGUGCCACGGAUGCGAAGGCCAGCAAGAUCCUGCUGAUUCUGGUUAUUGUCCUGCACGCUGGGUUUGCGAUCGCUAUUAAGAUCCUGUUCUUUGCGUAA